AUGGCCGAUGAGGGGGAGGGGCGGCAGGACUUACAGGAGACGGUCCUACAGGCAACAUUGACUGGCCUGGCUUCUCAGGCAGACUCGUCCGAGGCCGCGGAUGCUUCGUGUUGCUGCGUGAUAUGCCUGUCCGACAUAUCAGAGCCCUCGACAGCACGGCCCUGUGGCCACCGCAACUUUGAUUUCAUGUGCCUGGCCAGCUGGAUGUCACUGAAGACAAGCUGUCCCCUCUGCAAAUCUGAAAUCACCGAGGUCCAUUUCGACUUCAACGCCAACGGGACUGCCUGGAAGACAUAUCGCGUGCCCCAUAUCGGACUCGAGCGGGCGCCAGACCAGCCCGCACAGCCGUCGCCCAGCCAGAGUCAUCCGCCCUUGUCAAACGUCACUUCCUUCCUGCGCCGAGCCCGGGACCGCAGACCUUUCAGGAAUCCGAGGCCCUCGACACCUCAGUCGUCUUCUGUCCAGGAUGCGCUUGAGCGGCGACGCAAUGUCUAUCGGAAAAGGCUCUACUCUCUCCACGUGGGGUCCAACCCGACUUCGGGGUACAGAGACGUCACUCCUCAGGCGUUCAGUGACCAGCUCGAGACCCAAAGCCGUGUGCGGGCCUGGAUAAGGAGGGAGCUGCAGGUCUUUGAGUUUCUGAACGAUGACAGCUCUUCGAGCCACACAGAGAGCACCACCGCCUCGGAGAUGCCCGAGGCCACCCGGCGCCGGCGCCAGAACAAUGCUGAGUUUGUGCUCGAGUAUAUCCUCGCCGUCCUGAAAACGGUCGACAUUCAGAGCGACCACACCGAGGAGCUGCUGAAGGACUUCCUCGGGCGGGACCACACCAAGCUGUUCCUGCACGAGCUUCGCAGUUUCCUGCGCUCGCCUUACUCGGUCGAGGCCUGGGAUCGGCAUGUCCAAUACGCCGAACCUCGCCCAGCGCCUCGCUCGCCCGAAGGAAGGAGCGCCCCUGGUCACCGCGCCGACCAGGGGCCUCACAGGCGGCUUUAUGACCGGUAUAGACCGCCCAGGGGCUCACGACAGGGCGGCAGGUGGUCUCCUUACCGCCAGCAGGGGAGCUGA